CCCGGAGUCCUUCUGGUGCUUAAAGACAUUUUUUUUACAGUCCCCAAACGACAAUGGAGUCUUCAGGUAGCACUUUGAUGACAUGCAUAUCUCUUACUUCCAUCCACUUUCUGGCAAAUAUGUCAAGCUUGAAGAUUAAUUAAUAAUUUCAAGUUCAGCUCACAAACACAGAGGGAGCAUAAAAAAGUUCUUGCAGCAUACCAAAAUAAAGAGUUCAUUAAAGGGAUGUGUCCAGAGCAUUUGAUUUGUGAUUCUUAACCCUUGUAAAAUAAAAAAGGCAUAUAAACAUUAAUGCUAAUAAAUUAGUUUACUCCACUACAAAGUAAUUACUUGAUAAUGUUGAUAUUUACAGCUUGGAUUCAAAUGCAAUAGUUCACUAUAAUUUAGGGAAAAUACAUAAUGAGAAUAUUUUGUCAGUGCACAACAUGAUUAGAUUUGUUAUUGAGUCAGUUACGAUAAGCGAAGCAAUAAAUAAACAAAUCGAUGUUGACAUUUAAAUACCGAAGAUCUCCAAAAUUUACAAUAGAACUUUUCCCUGCUAUAUAAAUAUUUCCACUGCGUUGGGGACGUGGAAACAUUCAAAAUGUUAUUCCCUUAACAUUUUUAGUUUUCCUUCCACUUUUCACUGAGCGCCACAGGAACAGAGAUAGUGAAAAAAUCUCAAAUUUCUUACUGACGGACACCAACUUCACAACAGUCACAGUAAUUCUGUCUUGAUUGUUUUGAUGAAAUUGAGCCAAAAUCUAAAUAUUUCUUUUCUGAUAUCGAGCAGCUGAAUAGAGAAAAGGUGUUGUUUUUUUCCCCCUCCAGCUUAAGGUUGCUUAUGCCUCGAAAGGUGCUGGCUUAUUUCUCUGUUUUCUUUGGCAAUGAUCAUCAGAUGGGAUGUGCAUUUUCGUUGGCACAGAAAUACUUUUUUAUUCUCUGCCCUACAAUCCGCUUUCCGCAUCAUCCCUUUCAUGCAACACUAGUAAAAGCUUCACUGGGCUUUUAAAUAGGUCUAGUAACCUCCAGCGACUGUCUGAAGCAAAAAAGAAAAGCAUCUGGGCGCUGAGAGCUUGUUUCUAGGGAUUAAUCGGAUCUACCGUAAUGUUAACUGGGCUUCUGGCAAUUAAACAUAGAAUAUUUGUGAAACCGGGUUAGCCCAGCAUCCAUUGGUUUCCUAGGUAGUUAGCAGCACUGGUUAGGCAAAGAGAUCAGCAAACGCUUUUUACGCAGUGGUCCGGAAUUUAAAGGAAUGUCUAACAUUGCAAAUAAAGCAACUUCUUGGCGAACAGGCAAAAAGGGAACCUGAAUGACGCGAAGAAAAUAUUGUAAAUACCUCUAGCAAAACUUGGAGGAAACCGGACAGGGUAUUUGAGGUUAAUAUGUAAAAAAGGGAAGGAAGACACGAAGCGCUUCGGAAGUGAACAUGAAUGCGAGCAUGUAAUCUAUUCACCAUGAAAAUCAGUACAGACUUGACCCUGGCACAUUCUUCUCAGCAAAGCCCUACAGGGCGACUAUCUUCUGCACACGCACACACACACACACACACACACACAAAUACCGACCGAUUGCUUUGGGGGCACUCUGGCUAGAAACCAGAUUGCAGGGGGGGGAAAAAAUCCUCCGACUUCUUUUUUGAUUUUGGCUGAAAAAAUACACACAGAAAGGGUCUCAGCUAACAUGUGGGAAUUGUUAAUUCUUUCUACUCCAACAACGACUUGGUGCAAUUGGUCAAACUGAUAAGUGGGGAAAAGUGGCAUGCGUCUUUUUGUCCUCGCUGGGUACACAAGGCAAACAUGAGUUAUAUUUUAGAUUACGUGCUUUUGGUGAGAAUACCAACGUGACGAUCUGUUGCUUCCCUUGAGAUGGCUACAAAGAAAAAAGGGCCCAUACUUGCAGCUUGUCAAUUUCAACAUUUGGUCACAUGACCAGCACCUCCCUGCUAAGGAUGGGGAUAGAUUUCCACGUCAGCUUACGUCUCCAAAUUUCUUACUUCACGGAUCUGCUUCAAAGAGGCAGCUGCAUUAGAGAAUCAUGUUAAGCUCAGCUAAUGCGGAGAACCCGAGGUAGCCUAAUGAUGGAUUUUGAUGAGCGUGUUCCUUGUUCCUCUAACAUGUAUUUGCCAAGUUGUACUUACUACGUCUCCGGUCCUGAUUUCUCCAGCCUCCCUUCCUUUCUGCCCCAGACCCCGUCUUCUCGCCCUAUGACAUACUCCUACUCUUCCAACCUACCCCAGGUCCAACCUGUGAGAGAAGUUACCUUCAGGGAGUAUGCCAUUGACCCCUCCAGUAAAUGGCACCCCAGGAACAAUCUACCCCACUGCUACUCAGCAGAGGAGAUCAUGCACAGAGACUGCCUGCCUGCCACCAACACUGCUAGCAUGGGCGAGAUGUUCGGCAAAAACACAGCCAACGUCUACCACCCCAGCGCCAACGUCUCGUCCAAUUUCUAUAGCGCGGUGGGGAGGAACGGGGUCCUCCCCCAGGCUUUCGACCAGUUUUUCGAGACGGCGUACGGCCCCACGGAAAACCUCUCCUCGGCGGACUAUGCGGCAGACAAGAACGGCGAGAAAAUGCCUCCAGCCGCUGCUGCAGCUGCUACAACUUCAAGUUCGGACGGAGGCUGCCGCGGAGACGCGGCCGCGGCGGCGGAGGAGAAGGAGAGGCGGAGGAGGACCGAGAGCAGCAGCAGCCCGGAGUCAUCUUCCGGCAACAAUGAGGAGAAAUCCAGCAGCUCCAGUGGACAACGUACUCGUAAAAAGAGAUGCCCGUACACCAAAUAUCAGAUCCGAGAAUUAGAAAGGGAAUUCUUCUUCAGUGUCUAUAUAAACAAAGAGAAACGCCUCCAGCUCUCGCGAAUGCUCAAUCUGACCGACCGUCAAGUAAAAAUAUGGUUUCAAAACAGGAGAAUGAAAGAAAAAAAAAUUAACAGGGACCGAUUACAAUAUUACUCCGCUAAUCCACUACUUUAAAACUCCUCGUGGUUUUUUUUCUUCAAAAUGAGAUUAAAUUCAGAUUUCGCCCUUGACAAGGUCAAGCCACAGGGUUACAUUUAAAAAGGAGGUGUGUAACUGACGGGACUGUGCGAACUAUGAUUUUACAUACAUGUAAAUCAACCCUGGACUUUUAAUUUUUUUUUUACUUUUUUGAUAUUUACAUAUCAACUGGAAUGGAUUUGAUAUUGACACACAUGGCACCCAGCGCCAGCAGGCCAGCCACAAUCUUUGCUCUGAGUGCGAAAUUCAUACCUCUUACCUUUAUAGACACUUCCGUUCAUUCUGAUAUGGUUUCAAUAAUGAAAAGUGGGGACUAAACUGUUGCCUAUUGGCUGUGUAACUAUUGUUUUCCUUGUUCCCUUGUUUUACUGUGGAAUGUGUGUGUAAAGAUGACAUGUCGCGUUUACGUUCUGAGGACCACUGCAAAAUAAAACUUCCCAAAAUAAUAUUUUUUCUUCGGGUUGAGAAUGUCUAUGCUAGAGCAGUGCUCCGUUACUAAUUGAUUUAAAUAAAAAUAAAUACAUAUUCCUUUAGAAGGCCAGUGGAGAAAAUUAUAGUACAGACGAAGAUGGAUAUAACCGUGUUUUAUUGAGUGCGGGGAGGGGGAUGAUAUGAAAGACUUGAUUAUUUACUUUAAAAAUAUGUCAGGCAUAAAUUUGCCAUAUAUCGUCAAGAAACAAUCACUGAAAAUAAAAUGUUUCGCAAUUGUCAUAUUAGCUCUCGAUUAUACCUUGCCAUCCUUUUAAGACAAAUCAUGAUGCUCGUAUUUAAAUUUAAAAAAUGACAAAAUGAAUCCUAGAUUUUAAAAAGAAAGAAAAAAGAAAACUAACCUUCUGGUUCACAAACUUUCUUCAGGAAAUACCUGUGGAGAACGAGAGUUUGGUAAAUACCACACAACACUUAAAUGUAACUUGGAUUUGUACAAUGCACUAACGUCGAAUCACCAAAAUAAUGUAAUCUUCUGUGUCUUUAGAAGGUUGCUUGUAAGGAAUUUAUUCAGAAGCCGAACAAUGUAAAUAAGGACAUUUUGUUUUCAUAUGUUGUUGUCUAUUUUAAAUGUCAUGAGCUCUACUUCGUCUCUCAGGCGACAUAUACAAACAAUGGAUUGUUGUUUGGAGUUAUUUUAAACAUAUACAUAUAUAUAAUAAAUAAAUAUAUAUAUUGUCCCGCAGGAACCAAAGCGAGAAAAAUGCAAUUUAAAAAUAUUUAAAAUUCUAUAUCAGUUUACAAAGGAUACGAUAGUCUAUCGUUAAGAUAAUUUGCUGUUGAGAGUACCUGAAUGUAUAUUUCAUACAGGAACAGUGUUUUACAAGACUUGUAAAUAAAAAACCAUGUAUUAAAAAUGUUUUAAUACAUUUUUACAUAUUUUUUUCUUUGGGGUGAGAGGGUGCUUUUUUCUCUACAUGUGCAACAAAUCGGUGACAAUUAUUUUUGAACAAUCAGCUUACCAAAUGGAUGUGAUUUCUUUUUACACAGUUCACAAAAUGCAGAAUCUUUGUAUUACAUCACUGUUUUCAAUAGCUAUCAUCUAUAUGUAUAUACAGAUUUCUUUUAAUAUGCAAAAGUAUUUGGUUGCAUGUAUACAAUGGAACAGCGCACAAGGAAAUAAAAAAAUGGAAAAUUUAUAUUUUUAUUCUGGUGUUACAUUACUCUGUAUUGUUUUAUUUCAUCUACAUUUUACAAUCAAAGUCCACCGUGCAAGUUGCACGCCUAUGUUUUCUAAUCCUUCACUAGCAGCCAAAGUUGCCGUUGGUGAAUAAACAUGCAGGCUGACAUUCAUUUAAAUGUAACGGAUUAAAAAACGGGAAAAUAACACUUUUAGUAAUUUACUGUAAACGCCACGCCUUUGUUCUCAGCUGUAAAAGACACACAAGAAGACAACUUGCUUUGUUUUACGAAUUACAAGUACAUUGUUUAUUUCAGACCACACAUGUCUGGGACAAAGCAUUUUGAAUUUAGUUUUGGUAUUAGUAAUGUUGGGAGGUAUUUUAUCAGCAUAAAAAGUGAAGCGAAGCUUUCAACUAAAGCGAAGUUUAAAAUGAAUGGGCAAAGGGGUGUGAGCCCUAAGAACAUUGUUUUCUUGAGAAACCAGUCUCCCUUCGAGAGUGGUGAAACUAGGGUGUCUGAAAUUGUCCUUGAGUUGGAAGAGGGGGGAACGUAAAAGUU